AUGGCACAUGAGAGAGUUGAUAUCAGUGUUUUGGUUGUGGAUAAUGAUGAUACUUCUUUGGCCAUUGUUGCUAAUGUACUCAACUCAUUAGGAUACAAAGUUCUCUCUACCAACAGCGCCCUAAAUGCUUUGGAGAUUCUUAGAGAGUUCAGAGGCUUUAUUGAUCUUCUCAUUACAGAACUUCAUAUAUCUGGGAUGAAUGGAUUUGAAUUUCAAAAGUGUGUUGAAAAUCAAUUCCACAUACCAGUGCUAAUUAUGUCUGCAGAUGGAAGAAGUACUGUAAUUUCCAAGAGUUUUGCAAAUGGUGCAGCACAAUAUAUUUUGAAACCCUUUUCUGCGGAUGACUUCAAAGACAUUUGGCGAUAUGCAAAGAAACUAUCUAUUCAAAAUAAUGAAGGGGGGUCAGUACCAGGUGAUAACACUUCUAUUCAGGAUGUUAACUCAGCAACAUCAUCGAAUAUGAACAAGAGAAAAAGGAAGUAUUGCCCAAGAAUGAGUUCCCAAAUGAAUAAGGAAGGCCAAAGUGAAGAAAGCUCUAGGCUUGUAAAGAAACCAAAGGUUGUUUGGACAACAUAUCUUCACAACCGCUUUUUGCUUGCCAUAAAACAAAUUGGAUUGGAGAAGGCUGUCCCAAAGACAAUUGUUCGAGUCAUGAAUGUGCCAAACUUGACUAGAGAAAAUGUUGCUAGUCACUUACAGAAAUAUCGCAUAUUCCUAAAAAAAGUAGCAGAUAAAGGAUUGCUUGAGGGCUUAUCUAACAGAGAUCUAAGGUCAAGGUUUGCCUCUGGCCUUUCAGCAUCAAUGAUAAAUGACAUCCAAGCAAAACGUGAGAAAUCUCGUGUUCCUGCACAACAAUUUAUAAAAAGAAUAGAACAUCAAUCAGGUUAUGGAGGAAUAGCCAAUGUUGUUAAACCUUACAACAAUGUUUCAAGUGUGACUAACACUCCACUUGGAAGAUUACAUCAAUUUCCCCAUCCAUGUCACAAAGGCUUGAACUUGAAUACAAUGCUUCACAACCAACGUCAUGGUAGUUCUUCGAAUCAAGCAAGACUUGGAGCACAAUAUUCAAGCUUUGGAAGCAAUGCCAGGGCCAAUAAUAUCCAGCAAAAUAUGUUGGGAAGCUAUGCUAACCAACCAUAUUAUGCACAAAGCUCUUACAACAAUGCUGGUGUUGUCUUUCCAUCAGAUGGAGUAAUGGGACAUGGCUUGAUGAAUUUUACAAAUGGCCUAAGAGGAGGUAUGAACCAUGGUGCCAACCAAUUUAUGUAUCCAAACUAUGGUUCAUUUGGAAAUAAUCACAACUUAAGCAAUGGUCAAGGAGUGUUUGCCUCUACUUCUAAUGCUGGGGAGGGCUGUUCAAGGGAGCUUCCAAAAGAAAAUAUUCAAGGGAACCUAACACUGCCUCAACAACAACUACAGGGCAAUGUUGCAGAAAAUGAUAUUGGUACUUCAAUUGGUGAGAACAAUUUCAACCAGCUGAACGAAGAUGACUUUUCUGAUCUUUUCAUGAUGCUAGAUGAAAUGGAUCUAAAUGAGACUGGAGAGAACCAUAAUGCAAAUGAUUUUUUGAAGUCUGACUUUUCAAUCUCUAAUCACGCUGUGGAGUCCCUUGAAAAGAUGGGAGGUGAUGACGAACAUGCGAACAUGGAACCCUUGGACAGGUUCGUGAUGAAUGAUGUUUCCUCAGGAAAUAACUCGGCCACUGAUGAGGAUUGGGAUUUUGAACUGAUUGAAGCCCUGUUCGGUGAGGAGAAAAACCAGGGAGAAUGA